AUGGUUCAAAAACUAUUGGACCGUGGAAUGACUAAAGACGCACUAUCGUUAUCACUUCUAACUCUGCCGAAGAAGACUAGCGAGCACGUCAUUGCACUGGUCCUAAGGUCGGGGGCGGCGGCGCGGCGAUGCGAGCGCGAAAUUACAAAACCGGCCGGGCGACACAACCGACUGCGCCAGCAAGCGGCGCAGCGCAGUGGCGGACGCGCUGCCGGCCGACCCCGACGCGCCACUGGCGUUUCACAUACCGUGGACGGCGUCACGACGCUGGGUACGGCGCGGGCCGGUGCGCGGGCGCGGGUACACGAGCACGCGGCGAGCGGCGCUACGGAGCGCGGGCGCAGGUGCUCUGAGCGCAGCAGCCUCCGCACGCCGGCGCCGCCGCCCUCCUCACCUCCCCUCACCGCCCGCGCCUUCUCUCGCACGCACCAAAACGACGAAUUUAUCUUCCGUGCCUGCUGGCCCUGCUACUCGAGGACGUUGCCCAGGGUGUUCCAUGGAAGAAAAUAUAUUAGGGUGGACUACAUUCAGAUCAAAAUAAAGAGCUUUAUGGAAGCGUAUAUAAAACUUCGGAGUAGUGAACUUUUUACAGAAAUAAAUGGUCAGAUCCUUUGUUUACUUGUGAAAAUAUUGCUCUUUUUAUAUUCAUCGAAAAUUCGAUACAGACGCGCGCUCGCCCGGGCGCUGUACGGCAGCGCUGAGGUUGCUGCGCCUGAGGCGGGGAACGCCGCCACAUCUCAAUGA